AUGAAUUUGAAGUCAAAGCGGCGGAUGAGAGUUCGAGAUAGGAUCAGUGGGUUACCAGAUGCACUUCUUUGCCACAUACUUUCGUUUCUUGAGACAAAAUAUGCUGUGAGGACGUGCGUUCUGUCUAGAAGAUGGAAGAACAUAUGGGCAUCUGUUACUACUCUAUACUUUGACCAGAGAUGUUUUCAUGACUUUCAUAAGUUUUGGGCAUUUGUUGAUUAUGUACUUCUCUUCCGUUACUCAUCAAACAUCAAGAUAUUUCGGCUUUGUUUGAGGGGUGAUGAUGUGGACCACACUCGUAUUACUGCUUGGAUCAACACUGCCAUUAGGCGCGGCGUUGUUGAACUGAGUCUCCUUGCUGGUCAUCCAGUUUGGUCUGAGCUUAUUGAGUUGCCUAAAAGCCUCUUCAUGUGCAAAACACUGGUGACCUUGAAGUUGGGAUCACAAUUUAUUACCAAUAUUCCUACAUCAGGGUGUUUCCCGAAUCUGAAGUCCCUCCAGCUUACAUUUUAUUCAGAUGCUAUUCCGUCAAUGCGCAAGGUUAUCUCCAACUGUCCGAUACUUGAAGAUUUGACUGUGGGUGGUUUUAUUCGAUCUGGUGCUGAUACCUUGAAUUUAAACAUUGCUUCCCCUGCACUGAAGAUACUAAGAAUAUAUGUUGAGAACGAUGGUACUGAUGGCAAUCGCUAUCUUUUUAGUUGCCCAAAGCUUGAAUAUCUUGAUUUGGCAGAGGAUGUUUCGUCAAUGUAUUAUUGGGGGAAAGCCAAAUCCCUAGUCAAAGGCAGUAUUUGUCUAUUUCAGCAUUGCUCAAAUGAACACCCUAGUUUUUACUGCGUGACUGCGCUUUUGGCAGGAAUAUCCAAUGUCACAGAUUUAUGUCUUUCAGCUCAUUGUUUUGGGGUAAGUGUGGCCUGA